AAACUACCAAACUCUGACACACUUGCACUUUCAGAUCACCUUUGCGACACCACACCGCCCGUUCCACUCACCAUCAUCCAUCACUAUGGCUGCUGUAUUACACGGUCCUACAAUACCUACCCACCCUUCGCCAUUUCAGAAUACCCAGAGUGUUUCUCAUUUGCGAAUGGGCUAUCAUCCUGAACCAUCGGCACCACCUAAUAAGCCUCAGUCCACUCAACCCAUGACAAGACAUUCUGACCCAUUCUAUGGUCAUGAGCAGGUUUCCCAGUUAUUUGACCGCUUCAUUAUGCAUCUGUUUGCUUGUCCAGAGUACCCCCCUUCAUCUUCCGUAACCUUCACUGCCCUCGUCCUCCUUCAGCAACUCAAACCCCACAAACCCUCCACCUACCACAAAUCCCUUCCCGCCUCCUCCAGCCACUUUGGCCCCCACACCUUCGCCUUCAUAUGGCCAUCACCCCCAACACCACCGGGUAUGGAGGAUUGUAUACCAAAACACGAGCCUGUGCCAGUACCACCACCAUCGAAGCACAAUUUGCAGCUGUCCAAUCUUCUUUAUUAUGUCAAGAGCAGCUCCUCUGAGAACGCAACUGCCACACAGCAUCCCAUUGCGCACCAUGACUCGGAGUCUGAGUUAGAGUAUGAUGAUGCAUCUGAAUCAGAUGUACUGUCAUCUUAUGUGGCAGGGACCACAUCAAUUACCACUCAGUCAUUGGCUUCUUUGCAGGGUGGAGACAUGGAGAUCAUUUGGUGCCUGCAACUCGAAAACCAGUCUCUCAAGAAUAAUAAUUGGAUGCUGGGCGAGAAAAACAAAGUCUUGGCGUCCAAUCAACAUAGAUGUUCGAGUGCGCAAGUUCCUGACGAGCUGAAGGCCUUUGACAUCGAGCUCUCAACCUUUGCUUGCAAAUAUGGUAUUAUUGCUGAGAUGUUCCCACCUGAGCAUCACAUUCUCAGAUUGCCAGUGCCAAACCCUCCGCCCGUCAUCAUAUCCCCUAGUCAUUACUCAACCAAGGGUGCCAAAGAACUUUGCCUUGUGACAGAGUUGUAUUCGCUUCUACCAGAUCACCUCCAUCAUUUCAUACCAACUUCUCAUUUUCAAUCAUUGCUAGAGCAGCAUCUCGAAGGUGAACACUCCAGUGAGAUCGGCAAACUACGCUUGAUGGCAGGGCACAUCUUUGGUCUGGAUUCGUCCUACUUUGACCUGAGUUUCAUGAAGCAGGAUACCAUCCCUGAGAUCCAGAAGAUGCUUGGAUCAGGCACUGCUGGUGGCCGCUCUUUGCCAUCAAAGUUUCCGCCCAUCCUUUUCACAAAUCAAGAGAUGGACCCCACAAUGUCCACAGUUUUUGGUAACUGGGAACAACUCAUGAAGGCGAUUAGGAUCAUGAUGUUCAGAAAGAAUUCACUAGUAGAUGUUUCUGGCUGGCCACGCACUAAGUGCAAUGCUCGAAAAUGGGGCACAAUGUCCUGUACUCCUGGCCUUCUUGCAUGGGGUUGGGUCGCAUUAAUCUUCAUCCUUUCUUCCGACACUUUAUUCAGGAAAGCUGGAGUUGGUGCGAAGUCUCAGCUACCAUAUGCUGCCAUGUUUAUGGCCUACAAGCAGCUAUUGAUGCCUACAUCUGGCAAUCAUCCUCAACUUCCAAUAUCACAACAUCUGACACUGAAGGUUUUUACCUCUGAUCUGAUGUGUUUGGCCAUCACAAAUGCGGGGCAUAAGGAAUCUGACGACUUUCCUGGACCAAUGACUACCAAUGACAACCCUGUCAAUGACAUUCCUGGACCGGCCAUGCCUACUACACCUAUGAUCGCUCCUUCAGCACCGGUCAUUGUCCCUUUAGCACCAGCCAUUGUGGUGCUUGUCCCUGCAAAUGCUACCACCACUCUCAAUCCUGCAACCCUCUUGCCGGCUAUUCCAGCCCCUGGACCACCUGUGGCAUCUGAAUUUGCAGCCUAUGAAGACUCUGUACCUUCAGUGAUGGCUGUUGAUUCAGAGGUUCCUGGAGUACCUGGUGAUGUACCAGUGGUAGUGACAGCCCCAUCUUCUGGUUGUCGGGGGCGAGGAAGGAAGGCAGGGAUGCUGGCACCUGUAUCUAGUGGACCAGCGAUCGUUGAGACCCAGUUGGGAUAUUUAGAUAAGCCUUGGAAUCUAGAUCUCAAGGUACCAGAAAAUCAACUUGGACAGUUGCAGCCGACGGUCAAUAUUGCAAACUUGGUUGAAACCUGA